AUCAGAUGUUAACUCGCGGAGCCACCAGGAGCCACUCGGUGGGUCGGCCAUCUGCUUCAGCCGCAGCCGGAGCCACGUCAUAUUUGUGUGCCGCUUGGAAGCGAGCUAAACGAGCUGGCUUCCGUGUUUUCACGUUAAAAUUCCGUUCCCGCAAACGCAGACAUGAAUAUAUUCAGGUUGCUGGGCGAUCUAUCGCAUCUCCUGGCCAUUAUCAUACUUCUCCUUAAGAUAUGGAAGACGCGGAGUUGUGCCGGUAUCAGUGGCAAGUCGCAGAUUCUCUUCGCAAUUGUUUACACCACCCGGUACCUAGACCUGUUCACCACAUUCAUAUCUGCAUAUAAUACAUUCAUGAAGAUAAUUUUCAUCGUCGCGUCCUUCGCCACGGUUUUCUUGAUGUAUGUCAAGUUCAAAGCAACGUAUGAUCACAAUCACGAUACGUUCAGGAUCGAAUUCUUGGUUUUACCCGCGCUUGUACUAGCGUUGCUGAUCAAUCACGAGCUGUCUUUCGUAGAGGUCCUGUGGACAUUCAGCAUUUAUCUAGAAUCAGUGGCGAUAUUACCGCAAUUGUUUCUGGUGUCGAAAACAGGCGAAGCUGAAAGCAUCACCAGUCAUUAUUUAUUCGCAUUGGGAUCUUAUAGAGGCUUGUAUCUAUUCAACUGGGUCUACCGUUACUACGCCGAGGAUCAUUACGACUUGAUCGCCAUAGUCGCAGGAUUGGUACAGACAGUUCUGUAUUGUGACUUUUUCUACCUCUACAUUACCAAAGUACUGAAGGGCAAGAAGCUACAACUACCUGCUUAGCUUCAGUUAAGAGUAUUAUCCUCUUGCAUCGGAGAAAAGUUUGACUGCCUGUCUUCGGUAUCGCCAAUCCGAAAUAAAUCCGGGCAAUCCUGGGAGGCUCGUGGAACGCACACACAGUGCAUGUUUCCGCCAAUUGUGGAAUAUCACUUCGCAGCAUCUUCCCUCUUAUCAAACAUUCUCUUCCUUCCCUCAUCUAUCAUCCUGUCGUGUAGCGCCGCUUGCUGUAUUUCCUUUCCAGGACAAGAUCUAAAUUGCCUCUACUAUUCUUUCGUACUUUAUUUCAAGCAGCAUACACAUAAUUAUAGAAUCAGAAUAAUUGUUUAUUUUAUGAAUUUAGGAAUUUGACGAGAUAAUUGGGGAUAAAAAAAUUG